CCACGCCGAAACACCAGAACCGCAGCAGAAGAACUCGGCCAAGUGCUCUAUACUAGAGUACCGCUACGGCUGCGGCGGCAGGCUAAAACAGUCGAUGCGAAGCGGCGAUGCCGCGGGCAGCCUGGAGCGCGCAGUCGAAAGCAAUCGAGGCCGGAGCGGCGUCAUGCGGCGAGUAUGGAGGCGGGCGGGCCGCGGCGGCGGCUGGUGCACCUGGACCUGAAGGGCGCACCGCCCCGCGCUUCCUACCUGGCGGAGGUGCUGCCGCUCCUCCGCGCCCUGGGCGGCACCGGGCUGCUGCUGGAGUAUGAGGACACCUUUCCCUACGCGGGGCCGCUGGAGCCGCUGCGGGCUUCGCACGCUUACAGCACCGGGGAGGUGAGAGCGGUGCUGAACCAGGCCAAGGCCCAAGGACUGGAGGUGGUGCCGCUGGUGCAGACGUUUGGGCACAUGGAGUUUGUGCUGAAGCACAAAGAGUUCGCCCAUCUCCGGGAGGUGAAGGUGUUUCCCAACGCCCUCAACCCACACAAGGAGGAGUCACAGGCACUGGUCAAAGCCAUGAUUGACCAGGUCAUGGCACUGCACGAAGACUUAAAAUGGUUUCAUAUUGGAUGUGAUGAGGUCUACUACCUCGGAGAAGGAGAAGAGUCAAAGCAGUGGUUGCAGCAAGGAGACCACACUCUGGAGAAGCUGUGCUUAUCCCACAUAAAAGCAGUUGCAAGCUGUGUGGUCUCAUCUUACCCCACCGUGACACCCAUCGUAUGGGAUGAUAUGCUCAGGGGGAUGAGUGAGGAAACACUGGCAGAGUCUGGGGUCCCACAGCUUGUGCAGCCAAUGAUCUGGGACUAUGCAGCAGACCUUGAUGUGGAGAGCAAAGUGCAGCUUGUAGAGAAGUAUCGGAGAUGUGGCUUCUCCAAGGUGUGGUUUGCUAGUGCUUUUAAAGGAGCUACAGGAGUGAAUCAGUCUCUAACACUUAUUGGGCACCACUUAAAAAACCAUCUCCAGUGGCUGCAAGUGGCAAGCAGUAGCCCUGCUGAGGUCCUUGAAGGUAUCGCGCUGACCGGCUGGCAGAGGUAUGAUCACUUCUCUGUUUUGUGUGAGCUUCUCCCUGUGGCAAUUCCAUCACUGGCUGUAUGUCUGCAGGCACUAAAGAAUGGUGGCUAUUCAGAAAAGAUUAAAGAAGAUGUGGAAAAGCUUCUGGGAAUGCCCAACCUGGAAAUUGACACUUUCAUGAGCACAAGUGUGGGGACCUUUCCUGGGAGCAAUAUCCUUACUCUUGUGACACAAGUUAGUUUCUACCUCAAGUCAUCAGUGGAUGAACUUCUUGAAAGGAACAGAUACGUCACAGGCUGGUUCAGCCCCUACCACAGGAAAAGGAGGAUUGUUCACCCUAUAAUAAUGCAUCACUUUCAGCCUGAUGCAGUAAGUCUCCUCUCCAAGUGGAAUGCUGUGGUGCAAGACCUCCAAGCAGCCAUGGAGCAAGUUUUCCACGAGUGUACUGUAGAGGAGUGGAUGGAGGAGAACGUCCACCCAAGCCUACAGAAGCUUCAGCAAGUGGUGGAUGAUUUAGAUAAAGCAAUAAAGGCACAAAAUUAGGGGCAUUGCAAUUAGUCUGUUUUAUUCUGUGGAAAAAUAUGGCUAGUGGAAAUUGGCAACUAGUCAUGUUUGUCACUUUUAGAGCUGAAGCAAGAACUGUUAUUAAACAAAAGUGACCUGAAGGGAUAAAGAAAUUUAUUAGUGUAAUAGGCUUCAACUCUGUUUUAAUUUUCCUAACACAUUGCUGAGCCUUAAAUCACCUCCCCUGUAAGUCAGAUUUGCUCCCCUUGCAUAACAAUGCAGAAGUGAGUCAGAACAUGGCUAGAUUGCAA